AUGGCAGCGCCCUUGUCAGUGGAGGUGGAGUUCGGAGGCGGCGCAGAGCUCCUGUUUGAUGGUGUAAAGAAGCAUCAGGUCACCUUGCCUGGGCAGGAGGAGCCCUGGGACAUCCGGAACCUCCUUGUGUGGAUCAAGAAGAAUUUGCUAAAAGAACGGCCAGAGUUGUUCAUCCAAGGAGACAGUGUGCGGCCAGGAAUUCUUGUGCUGAUUAAUGAUGCCGACUGGGAACUACUGGGUGAGCUCGACUACCAACUUCAGGACCAGGACAGCGUCCUCUUCAUAUCCACGCUGCAUGGAGGCUAA